UAUAAGUAAAUUGUAUAACCCCUGAGUUCAAUGCCCUUUGGGAUUUAGGUGCCACAGAAAUGGCAACGGUGGCGAACCGGGUGGCACGACAGGCCUUUUUAAAGGCUAAAACUGUUCAAAAUUCCACUCAGGCAAAUUUCAACACUUUUAAUGAGUCUUCAAAGGGAGUAAAAAUUAUUGGUUUACUUGCUGGUGCCACUGCUGCAGUAGGUGGGGUGGGAACCUUCAUAGCUCUCAAGGGAGCUGUCCAUGCUUCAGAUGCCCCUCAUGUGCACCCACCAGCAUUCCCCUGGUAUCAUGGAGGAUACUUCACAGAGCUUGACAAGAAAAGUGUAAGGAGGGGCUACCAGGUAUACAAACAGGUAUGCUCAGCCUGUCACAGUGUGUCACAAGUCCGAUUCCGGGAAAUGGUAGGGGUCAUCUUCACUGAGGCAGAGGCUAAGGCAGAGGCUGCUGAGUAUACAAUUAUUGAUGGCUAUGAUGAGAACAGCCAGCCAGUUAAACGUCCAGGAAAAAUAUUUGAUUCCAUACCGAGUCCCUAUGACAACAAGAUUCAGGCGGAGAAUGCUAACAAUGGAGUGGCUCCCCCUGAUCUGUCGUAUGUCGUCUUGGGAAGAGAGGGUGGAGAGGACUACAUUUUCUCCCUACUGACCGGCUACUGUGACCCUCCAUCCGGAGUUAAUCUUCCUGAAGGGGUCUACUACAAUCCUUACUUCCCUGGAGGAUUAAUUGCCAUGGCUCAAGCCCUCUAUAAUGAAAUCAUCGAAUAUGAUGAUGGUACCCCUGCCACACAGAGUCAGCUGGCUAAGGACGUGGUGACCUUCCUCACUUGGGCUGGGGAUCCGUAUUUUGAUACAAAGAAGCAGAUGGAAUUGAAGAUUUAUUCCCUGCUCUUACUUCUGGGUAUAGGAUCUUACUACUACAAGAGAAGAAUCUGGUCCUCACUUAAACAUAAAAUCAUCGUCAAGAAUUACAGUAAGCCCAGCAAGACAGUACUGAGGUCGAUAAAACCAGGCUCUCCUAAAGGGGGUCCAAAGUCUUAACGAGUACGGCAUAUUUAUUAGCGACCAAUUGUAUAGUGACACUGGACAUCUGAGAAAAAGACUUGAGGGACAAGAAUAUUAAUGAAGAGAAAAUCUUGAGUUCUGGAAGAAGGUUUUGGCUUGAAUGUUUCCAAUGUGUUAUUUCUAAGAAGAAAAAUAAAUUUUUAAAUGUU